AUGGCUUAUGCUGGAGUGCCUGGCGUGGCGAGGAGCAGCGUCUCCCUUCAAUGCACCGAUCUGCUUGAAACGGUCAAGUCUUCUUGUGUCAAUGGUGAGUACACGAAGCUCCUAUUCGACGCUUGGGUGUUCCCAUCAACUCUGCUAGAAUUCAGGCUCCCCAAUGGUCUGGAGAUGCACAUCUACCUUGAUGCAGAAGAGGAGGAAAGUGACAACUUCGCGGCUCAUGGUGAACAAAUGGCAGUUGUGAUGACAGCAUAUCUUGCAGAUAGCAGCAAUGAAAAGCAAUGGAGAACACCAUCUGCAAAGGCCCUGCAUGAAGUAUGCGGUCUCGUGAUGGAAAAUGCUGGAGCCUUUCACCGCGGCGUUCCUGAGUACUACCGGAUGGGGACCUUUGAUGUUAUGCGUGACUGGCAAAUGGAAGUGGACUCAAUCGAGAUUCAUGAGGGCGCAGCCACGCCCUUCUUCGAACAGGUGUAUGCAUCUCAAUGCACGAUUGCCCUUGUUUGA